AUGGCUUCAAAACCACCACUCGUAAUUUACAUUCCCGCUCGAGCUAAGAAAUCUUGUCAUUUCUACGAAAUAAAACCUUCUCCAAGCACAUAUAAAACUAAGCUCCCUUAUCUUCCUCGCAACUUCUGUAUUGGUCUUUCAAAUGGAUACUUAAUCAUGGAAGAUAUUCUCACUAAUGUUUGGGUCAUCAAUCCCAUCACAGGUCACGAGCUCAGAUACCCUCAAUUAUUUGAAACAUCUAAUUUUUUGUAUUGUCCUGACCGUGCAGUGUUCGCUUCAAUAGGAGAUGCUAAAGAUAAUUUCCUUCUUGUGGUUCUUGCUCCAGCAUAUAAGAAAUUGAUGUUCUUUGUCUCUAGAGUGAACCAAUGGCAACAAUUCUCUUAUGGAGGGAGUAAUUGGUCUAUUGUUGACAUUGUUAUUUUCAAAGGCAGAAUUUUUUGUGUGACAAGUGAGUAUCAAAUUGGUGUUUUGAGUGUCAAAACUUGUGGAGUGAUUCUUCUAAAUUUGAAAGGUACACCACAACUUAGCAACAUUCGGAAUGUGAGUUUCGUGGCUUCAAAAAACCAGCUACUGGUUAUUGAUUUCCCUCUGCAUAUUCACCAUCUUGAACUGUAUACAAUAGAUUUAUUGAAGAUGGAAUGGGUUAAGGUCAACCGACUGAGAGAUGAGAAUGAAGCUAUUUUCCUUGGUAACCAUAUGUCUUCAAGAUUAAGCAAUGCAACAAACUGGGGAGGCCAAGGUAACCGUAUUUAUUUCCUGCCAUUCAUAGAAAAAAAUGCUGGAUGUCAUAUAUACAGCUUAAAAGGGGAGAGGUUGGGACGUUUUCCCAUUAUGAAGCAAAAGGGUACUUCAAGAAUGGAUGGAUGGUUUUUCCCCGGCGAAUGUGUUAGCCUUGAUAAUGUGAAGGAUGAAUGA